CACCCUUAGUACCGCAGCAGAACAUCUCGUGGCGGCGUGGAGCUACACACCGAUUGUUCUUCCUUCCUCCUCUGGCCCGACUCUCUUCUCUUCUCCGACUCUCCCCUAAGAUCACAGCUCUCUUCGUGAAGAUUCGUUGUGCGGCGGCGACGGGGCGCGACAAGUCGAGCCUACUGCUACCGGAUACCGGACUCGCGUUGAUUGCUGGUCAGCUGUGGUGUGGCAAGGAAAUCUUCAGCUUGAUGAUGUCCUUUCUGAAAGGCAUACCUACUCAAACAGUACUUAAAUGGCAUUGGAGAAGCGAAUCACAAUUAUCAUCACACCUGCUUGCCAAUGUUCCACCUCAAAUAGAAUUGUCGGACUACCGAAGAUUGCCGAGUUCUGCUAGUGAGAGCCCAUCAAGACUUCUCCAUGGAGAAGAGUUAAAGGCUGAGCUGAUUCCUGACCUGGAUAUUUUCUUUGAGAGGCUUUAUGAAUACUUCUGUGCAAAAGGUCUAAGAUGCAUUAUAAUCAAGUGGAUUAUUGAGAUCCUUAACGUGACAUUUGUGGUAUGCUCUAUUGGUUUUUUCUUCUUAUUUGUUGAUUGGGGAUCCCUUGCCCACUUAAGAUGUGGUGUGGAAGCACUCGAGUCUGGGGAGAAACCGUGUGACCUGAUGAAAGUCAUUAAGAGUGACCCGUUAGUCCCAUUUACAUUUAUGAAGAUGAUCAUUGUUGGAUCUAUGGUUAUAUUGACGACCUAUGGACUUAUUAACUUUCUUAAGUUUUUCCUAAAACUUAGAAGCACUUUUAAUGUCCGGGACUUCUACUAUAACAGUCUUAAGGUUUCAGAUCUUGAGAUUCAAACUAUAUCAUGGCCCAGAAUUGUUGAGAAGGUUGUCCUUUUCCAGAAAUCACAGCAACUCUGUGUUGUUAAGGAUCUCUCGGAGCAUGAUAUUAUCAUGCGAAUAAUGCGGAAAGAGAACUACUUGAUUGGGAUGGUUAAUAAAGGCAUAAUUGCAUUUCCUAUUUCCCGUUGGCUUCCUGGAGCUGGUCCAACGGUUAGUUCUCGGAUGCAUGGAAGAAAAGGCUAUCUGAUGCUUCCGAAGACCCUUGAGUGGACUUUAAAUUGGUGCAUCUUCCAGAGCAUGUUCGAUUGCAAAUUUUGUGUUAGAAAAGAUUUUCUGGCAAGCCCAUCUUUGUUGAAAAAACGGCUCAUAUGUAUGGGUAUAGUGAUGCUUAUCCUAUCACCCUGCCUUACGAUCUUCCCACUGGUAUACCUGUUUCUGAGACAUGCCGAAGAAUUCUAUAAUCACCCUAGUACAGCAUCAUCUCGAAGAUGGUCAAAUUUAUCACGGUGGAUUUUGAGGGAGUACAAUGAGGUUGAGCAUUUCUUCAAACAUCGGAUGAACAAUAGCACUGUGUAUUCUUUAGAUUAUUUUAAGCAGUUUCCAACUCCACUAGUAUCUAUUGUUGCAAAGUUCAUAUCAUUUGUAUCUGGUGGCUUGGCUGGUAUUCUUCUCAUCCUCGGAUUUCUAGGUGAAUCCAUCCUUGAGGGCCAUGUUUUUGGUCGAAAUCUGUUCUGGUAUACUAUUGUUUUUGGAACAAUUGCAACUGUAAGCCGGAGAGUCGUGACUGAUGAACUUCAAGUGAUUGAUCCAGAAGGGGCCAUGUCCUUUGUGGUCCAGCAGACACAUUACAUGCCAAAAAGGUGGCGUGGUAAAGAGAGCAGUGAACUUGUGCGAAGCGAGUUUGAAACUCUGUUUCAGUAUACCAUAACGAUGCUCCUAGAAGAGAUGGCCUCGAUUUUGAUCACCCCUUACCUGCUAAUAUUUGUGGUACCGAAGCGUGUUGAUGAUAUUCUGCUCUUCAUUUCGGACUUCACAGUUUAUGUUGAUGGAGUGGGAGAUGUGUGCAGCUUAAGCUUGUUCGACUUCAAAAGACACGGAAAUAUGAACUACGGCUCACCAAUUGGUGCAGCUAAGAGCAUGAGGAGCUCCCAAGGGAAAAUGGAGAAAUCAUUAUUGAGUUUCCAAAGCACGUACAUAACAUGGGAGCCAAAUGCCGAUGGCAAGAAAUUCUUGUGCAACCUUCAGAAGUUUAAGGAAAUGCAAAUUCGUCAGCAUACCUUCCAAACAGUGGAAGCAUCAGAAGCUGGGUCAACUGCUAUGGGUCAAAGUGCUCAAAUUUUCUAUCGACUGCUCUCCAGGAAUAUCCACCCCAGUAAUGGAGUUAUUUAUAACGGCCCUUUAGGACUGCUUGACACAGAUCAAAGAGCUUGUCCAUAUAUCCUAGAUUGGUACUACACAUACGAGCUGCCACAAUCGGGUAGAGAAGAUCAUGCAUCUGCUCAUCCUGAGGAAGCAUCACCUGAGGAGGACAUAUGUCCACCGUGGAGCAAACCAUUGGCUGACAUUGAAGAGGAGCAACCCUGGGACUCUAAUUUGUAUGAAAGAGCUAGGAGCCACUUGGAGACAUCAACAUCGAGUGCAUUCUUUCAGGGUACCACCUUCAAGCACCAGGUCAAGGCACAACAGUAUACGAGCCAUCAUUGGUGGGCUCAGUCCCUUGCACGACCGACUGAUCCACUUGGCAGCUUUUUUUACCCUGCAGAGGGCAGUUUUCUUGAGCCAAAAAAAUUCACAAAUCCCAACGAGUCUGGGCAUUAUUCUAGCCAUCACAGUGAUUGGCCGAUGAGCUGUGCACAGCCGAGAGGUCCACAAGGAAGUUUCCUUGAGCCUCCAAACUUUGGAAACCAUUCCACGCCUGACCAUCGUUCCAGCCAUCGCAGUGAAGACUUGUCGUCAGACGGAAGUGGAGAACUAGAUCAGAGGAACACCAGAAGCAACAGUGGAUGGAGAAGUUCACAGGCCCUUUCCAAGACAUUAUACACGGACAAUGACUUUGACAUAGAGCAAGGCCCGAGUUUCAAAUUUACCGAUGUCCCUCAGGUGCAUGAUGAUGAAGGACAAGACCGGGGCAACGACCACGGUGCAGCCGACAUGUACGGCUCUACGCCAGCCAGCCUCACAGUACGAAUAAUACCUAGAAGCAGUGAUCCUAUUUAGUUUGAAGAAGAAAAUCGCGCAAAAGAAAAAAGAAGUACUGUAGUAACAGUUGUGCAGGGACAUGGUUGAUGGUGUGAAUUUUGUUAGGAAGAGAGGACGUCAGUUUACUGUGACCUGGCAAAGGCCGACUAAUUCUUCUAUAACAGACUAGUAAGAUGCCUAACCACAAGAAAUGAGGUGGAGCAUGGUUUAAGUUAUGUUCAUAAUUCACCGUCACAUUUUCUGUUUAUCAAGUGCGGGCUAAAUAUCAUGAGAGCAUGACACAGUUCUUGAACGAGCGUGUCGGACGGGAUUGUGGCCUUGAAGCAGUUCCGGUGACAGGCGAGCUUGACGACAGGGGUGCAUGCAGCCUAUGCGGUUUUGGCGAACGAUGAGCUUGCCAGCCGGGUGAUACAUCAAGAAAGAACAAUGUGAGGAGGUACCAGUUGGUGAUGCAAGACUUGCAUGGUAUGCGCUUCCGAGUUCCCGCUGAGGGACCGUUUAGAAAUUAGAACACAGGAAUAGGAAAAAUCUGAUGAAUAGGGAAGCGAAAACAGAAAUCUGAAAAACGCAAGAACUCCCGAAUAUGUAUUUUUUGGAGAACCAUCUAAUGCACUUUAUUGAUAAUUAAA